GCUCACUCUCCACUGUUCUUUAUCAAAUACUGCUACUAUCUUUCAUGCCAGUGGACUAGUAAUAGGAGGGAGGGUAAAGUGGUCUCCAUCAACGCCUGUAUCUUUGUCAUAUUAGAAACUUGCAGGGAAUCAUAGCCAUUAAUUUCUAAUCCCCUUUCUUCAUCCUUUGGGGAGGAGGAAGGGACUCAUUCAUAGGUCAAGAAGGGGGCUGCCUGCAAUAAGGGUUUUGGAGGGAGAGAUUUUAUGUCGGCAGUCUUCCCUCUUGCUCUUGUGUUUAAGGCUCCGUUUAAGCUUUGUUUCACACCUCACUCUGCUCACUGUAUGCAAAAGUUCCUCUGCCGUGCAUCCGAGCAGAGCAGCCCCUCUUUUCUCUCAACUGUUUCGAUGCGUUUGAGGCCACAGAGGACUUGGUCUGGAGUCGUGUGUUUUGACGGCUACCACAUAAACUGGGUAUUCAAUCUCUUCUUGUUCCUGAGAAGUAACUGGUUCCAUUCGAAGCUUUGAUUUAGGGCCUUUGUUAGUCAAUGAAGCGAAAGGAGAGGUCUUUCUAGUUUACACAUAGAGAAGUAUUUGAUUUUUGCCCAUUUUCUUGCCUUUAUUUCGACAUCAAUUUUGUGAGGGGGUUCUUGCUUCGGGGUUUUGAAGUUGUUAUAACCAAGAACUUAAAUAUGCCAAAACCCCGAAGGCCAAUUUCUUUUACUAAUGAAGCUUUGAACCGAAGGACGAAGAUUAAACCUGAACCCACUAAACCCAUGAGAAAAAUCCGAAUUUUUUGUAAUGACCCUGAUGCUACCGAUUCAUCUGAUGAUGAUGGCGUCGGUAAGGUGAAGUCCAAGCGCUUUGUCCGUGAACUUUGUUACCCCGUCGUGGAUAACGGUUGUCUGUCGCAAACCUCUGAAUCUGAAAGUUCUGUUGAGGAUCUCACCUGCAAGAAAAGCUCUACGAAGAAAAGGGUUCAUUUGCAGCUUACUACUACCAAGCCGUGCGCUGCUACAGAGAAACUCAGAGGUGUCCGCCAGCGCAAAUGGGGGAAAUGGGCGGCUGAAAUUCGAGACCCUCUUCAGCAGAAGAGGGUUUGGUUGGGUACCUACAGUUCUGCAGAGGAGGCAUCAAGAGCUUAUGAAAAAAAGCGUCUUGAAUUCGAGGCAUUGGUUAACAGCAGCUCGGAAUCUCUCUCGAAAAAGGACUCCAAUGUUGUGAACUAUGCAUCUGUCUGCUCUCCGUCACCUUCUAAGCCCGUAGACAUUCUGAUUCCCAAGAAUGAUGGCUCUGAGGAUUCAGUUGGAAGUGGUGCUUCCUUCUGGCAUACAUCUUCAUCAUCACAGCUUGAGUUGGAUUCACUGAACUCUGCAGCUGACAAACAAUCCAGAGAAGAAGCAUGUGAUAGCAAGCCUGUCGAGAAGAAAUCUAAUGUUAUAUCUAGAAGUGAGGAGGUGUUGGCGCUGCCACAGAUCGGAGAAGAUUUGGACUUGGAUAUGGAUCUUCAUUCAUUGAUCUUCGACUUGGAAGAUGGAUGUGUUUCACCCAUGGCUGACCUUUUGGAUGCAUUUGAUGAUCUUCCCAUUGAUGGAUUUCAUGUUGGUGAUGGUCAGUCCUGUCUUCUGCUAGAUUUUGAUGACCUUGAUUUCGACGACGAAAUCCUACCUUGGAUGGAUAUUGAUAAGCCCAGUUUAAUGAAGGAGUCCCAAUCUCUGGUGAGGGGUGCAUCACUUAAUGUUGCAUGCACUUAAGUUUUGCAGUUUUGAAGAGUGUUCGUGUAUGGACUGAAAAACUCAGUUCUGAGGUUUUAAGUUGUCAUCAAGUUUUGAUUUGUUAUGUUUUUCAAGAGAGUAAUUAGGGAUGCUUUAUGUAAUGUCUGAAGAGCUCUAUGGGUUUUUGUGUGCUAUUAGAGCCGUCCAUAGAGCUUUCUUCAAGCUGAGUGUUCUAAAGUUGCUUCAGAGUGUUACUCUGGAUUUUGGUCCAAGGAAACUUGUUAACUC